AUGCGUGGCUUGCCUCAUAAAUAUUUAGUUUUAUGGAUUUAUUUUACUGCAUCGUUCAUGCCGUAGCAAUAAAAUUCGUCUGUACUUCUGAAGUCAUUCCAGUGAAACGUUCAUUUAUAAUCAAACCACAAUACAAUUAUGUAACUUAUAAGCCAUAUAAAAGUGGUUUUCAGUCUUGAGAAUGUCACUUUGUACCAAAAAUAUCGUGUUGACGCAGCAUGACUAAUCCAAGACCAACAUGGGGCAUCCUGCUAUUUUUAUUGAUAAGACUUCAUAUAGUAAACCUACAGAUUCAUAUGUUUCCUAUGCCCCAGCCAAUGCCGCAGAUAUUUUUACCACCGCCUCCACCCAUAGCGAUACCAAUACCAAUAGCCAUACCUGUCCCACAAACAACAACGACAUCCACUACCACUACCUCUACCACUGAGCAAAACGUAGCCAUAGGGGUACCCAUUCCUAUGCCUUUACCCAUUCAAAUUGCUGUACCCGCAAUGCCACCUCCAUUGUUCUGUUUGACGAAACCAAGGCCAAAAAACUGUCCUCCUUGCCCAGCGUGUCCCCCCCAACGUUCGCCACCUCUACCUCCUCAGCAUUUCAUAGGCCCGGCCUUCCCAAUGCCAGUUCCUAUUCCCCCAGUCAUAGGGCCAGGACCACUUGUUGUGGUGCCUCGACCCUACCGGAACAGUCGAGGUAAACGUCCAUGGCACCGAGUUUCUUCCGCGAGCGAAGACACCAGCAGUUCAAGCAGUUCAGAAUGGGAUAUACGGAGGAGAAAUGACAGAAGCAGAAGGUUAAACAGAAAAAGUAUGAGAAACGCGAGGAGAAGUUACAAAGUUAGUGAUGUGGAAACAAGUGACGGCGAACUUGUGAAACCUGUUCUUACUUAUGUCUCAAAAGAUGGCGAUGUGAAGCUUAAGAGACGAAUAAGUGCUGACGAGGCAGCUCAAUUGCUCGGUGACAAAGACUCGGGAGACAAACAGUAUCAGACAGUUAGGGUAUUAGCUAGUGGAAAUGGUGGUAAACAAUCCCAAGUGUUAAUUGUGUCAGAUGAUGGAGGGGAACCGUCUGUCACACACCGACGCAAACAAGUUGUAUUAAGAAAAGGUGCGUCACAGCAUAUAUUAGGUGAAGGGAAGAAGGAACUUAUAUUUAGACCACCCGAUGAUAAAGUAAUUAACAAUUUAACCGUGUCGUUUCAGGUCAUUUAACUAUUGUAAUAUUUAUGAAAUUUUUCAUUACAAUUUAUAACAAUAAAUAACAAAAGAUGAAGAAAAA